ACCACAGCUGGUGGUGGGAGGAGGCCGAAAGUGGUUCCCAAGAUUGACACACUUUCUACGAAACGUUGCGGCAAAAACACGUUUCAGACAUGAAAUUUGGGGCCUCAGAAAAAUUCCUGAAUGAUGUCUGGUAUCUUUAUGGUAAUAAGAAGUGCAUUAAAACCAAGUGCCUUUAUGACAGAAUGGGAAAAAAAAUAAAGAAGGAAGCUGAACCACAACCCAAACAAGGAUUUGAACCUCUGCCUAUUGAGAGCAAGAAUGCUGCAACGGUGAUUCUUAUGCUUCAGUCUCCUGAGGAAGAAGUGGUUGUCAAAGCCGUCGAAGCCAUUUAUAAGUUUGCAGAGAAAGGUGAUGAGAACAAGAGCUCUCUGAUGGCUUUAGGGGCAGUGGAACCUCUAACUUGCCUUCUAAAACAUGACAGUAAAACUGUUUGCAAAAACGCUUUCAUGGCUCUGGGUGUCCUGGUUUCAGACAAAGAUGUCAAACGAUUGAUCAAGAAACUAAAUAUUAUUCCAUCUAUCAUCACCAAACUGGCACCAGAAGAAGACAUUACUGUUCAUGAAUUUGCCACUCUGCUUUUGGCACAUCUGUCUGUGGACAUGACAUGCAAGGUUCAGAUCUUCCAUAAUGAUGGACUGAAACCUCUCCUCACUCUACUGUCCAGCACGGAUCCUGAUGUAAAAAAACAAUCGGUGGAAUGCAUCUACAAUCUUGUUCAGGAAAUUUCUAGUCGGGUUGCAGUGCAUACAUUCAACGGAAUCCCCCCACUGCUGGAGCUGCUGAGCUCUGAAUUUCCCAUCAUUCAGCAGUUUGCUCUGCGCACCCUAGAGACCAUCAAUAAGGACAGAGACAGUCGAACAGCAUUCAGAGAACAGAAUGGAUUUGCUAGAAUCCUGGAGUUUCUCACAAAGAAAGAGUUUAGUGACCUCCAUGUGGAAGCUCUGAAAGUCAUCUCAAAUUGUAUGGAGGACACUGAGUCCAUGCAGCUGAUUCAGGAGAAUGGAGGCCUGGAGAACUUGCUGCAAUUUCUCAUUACACCCACUGCUCAUGAUAUCCAGGCUACUGCGGUUGAAACUAUCAGCAAAGCAGCGCAGAGUAAUGGGAUCAGACUUAUUGUGCAGCUGCUAAACAGUGAGGGAGAUAGGGUAAAAGAGGUUGCAGCAGAAGCCUUAUCAAGCCUUACCCACGCAAACCAGCCGAAUGCAUAUGCUGUUUAUGAAGCAGAAGGAGACAAGCUUCUUGUCCAGCUUCUACAGAAUGGCUCUCCUCAAGCAGUAGUACAUGCAACAGCUGUUCUGAUCAACAUGGCAUCACAGGAUGUGAUCCGCUCUCGCAUUAUCUCCCACGGAGCCAUCCAGGCAUUACUGAAACCCCUCAACUCCACUGAUAAACCCACACUCACCAACGUCACUCAGGCUGUAGCUGCACUCACUUGUGAUGCAGAGGGAAGGGCUGAGUUAAGAAGUGUUGGAGCUUUGCCACAACUGGUUAAUCUGCUAACAUCAAAGGAUCCUGAUAUUCGGCGAAAUGCAUGCUGGGCAGUGACUGUGUGUGCGAACGAUGAGCCAACAGCCACAGAAAUGUGCAGAUUAGGGGCUUUGGAGAUCCUCCAGGAGAUCAACUCCUCACUGAGCCGUAAGAAUAAGUUCAGUGAGGCAGCCCUGCAGAGGCUCUUGGAUAGUAACCUCUCUCUAAAAUACAGCCUUACAGGAUGUCUCCUCUCCACUGAUAUCACUACUGACGGGUUCUAUGAUCCAGGACAGACCAAAGAUGGUCAAAGGGUUCCUGAUCUUGAAGAUAUAGCAAAGCAGGUUAUCAAUCAGCGCCGAGCAGUCAUAGCAGUUAAUGGAAACCCCCCAGAUGAGACAAUUACUGAUUCACAAGAGAAGGGGCAGCAGCAGAGUCCUACAGAAAGUCAGAUCUCGACUGUAAUGAGCAGCCAAGGGAGCAUCAAAACAACUAGUAAAUCAAAAGCCAAAGGGGCGCAGGAGGACGAGAUUCAGAGUCUUGACAUUGAGUGUAAACCCCAGGAGGAAGCAGUAGUAGAGAAGCCAUGGACACUGCCAUAUGAUGCUCAGUUGAAUAAUCUGAUCAAAGAGACCUUCAGAUCUGUCAUGCCCUUACAUGAUGAGGUGGAAAUGUACACUGCCCUGGCAAAGUUGGUGUGUGAUGCAAUGGGGGGGCCAAUAGAUAUUGAGCAACAAUAUGAUUUUCUUUGGGAGCUUCACCUGAGUGAGCUGAAGGUUGAGAUGCAGUCAAACAUCAUUCCUAUCGGCAAGAUCAAAAAGGGAACCUACUACCACAGAGCCUUACUCUUCAAGGUUUUAUCAGACAGAAUUGGCUUGAGCUGCAGUCUGGUGAGAGGAGACUACAAUCGUGCCUGGAAUGAAGUUCUGCUCCCCUCCACCACCACAAGAGCUACUGGAUUAUACCCUCAUCUUCAGACUUACAUCAUAGAUCUUAUGCACAAGCCUGGAACCCUUAUAACGUGUGAAACACCUGCUGCUGAACAGUACCAGACAAUCUAAUAAAAACACAUUAUUUUAUAGUUUAUAGCUUUUACUAUGGCCAUCUUAGCUUUAUACAUUAUAUUUGUAAUGAGCAUAAAGAUAAUCCUGUUCAAUCAACAAUUAAUCCUUCAACUGGCUUGUAUUAUGUUUUUAUAACUGACAGAUAUUUCAUUCUGAUGCUGACAUAAUUGAAUUAAAUAUCAUUGGUCUCAAAGGAUAGUUUACUUACUAAAUAAAAGAGAAUAAUGUUGUUUAAGGUAACUGUGUAAUAAUUUACACAUGCAGUUUGAAUGAUGAUAAUCUGGAAGCUAUAUGUGCCAUCAUCUAUAGAAAA